CAUCGAUAUUAUAACAAGUUUGUGUGGGGUGGGGACCACCAGCCCAUGGGCCUAAUACAUACUGCAGUAGGUCAGAAUUCAAUGAUGAAGGCUCCAGGUGCCUCCCCACCACCACUCUGAAAGAGUGGUGGUGAGGAGGGACCUGGAGCAAGGUUGGGUAGGCCAGAACCUCCCCAGCCUUGCCAAGAAAUUACCACACAGGAGGAGGAGGAGGAGUUGUCAUGGAGGGAGUGAUGGACUGAGACUCAAGAGAUUGUGAUCAAAUCUCAAAUAUCCCAUUCUUGGGUGGCGACAGACAAGGUUGCAGGGAAACUGAGUUCUACUCUCUCAUGGGUGAAGAACACCGUCAGUCAAAUGGCCAGUCAGGUGGCAAGUCCAUCUGCCUCGUUACACACUACAUCCUCCUCUACCACACUUUCCACUCCAGCAUUAUCUCCAUCGUCUCCAGCGGAGCUGAGUCCUGAUGAACUGGAGUUAUUGGCUAAAUUAGAGGAGCAGAAUAGAUUGUUGGAGACAGACAGCAAAUCACUGCGAUCAGUAAAUGGGUCAAGAAGAAACAGUGGCUCCUCGCUUGUAUCUAGUUCAUCAGCUUCUAGCAACCUCAGCCAUCUAGAAGAAGAUAGCUGGACCCUUUGGGGGAGGAUUGUGAACGAGUGGGAAGAUGUGCGCAAAAAGAAAGAGAAGCAAGUUAAGGAACUGGUUCGAAAAGGGAUACCUCAUCAUUUCCGAGCAAUAGUUUGGCAACUUUUGUGCUCAGCUCAAAACAUGGCAAUUAAGGAUCAAUAUUCAGAACUGUUGAAAAUGACGUCGCCCUGUGAAAAGCUUAUAAGAAGGGACAUUGCUAGGACGUAUCCUGAACAUGAUUUUUUUAAAGAAAAAGACAGCCUUGGACAAGAGGUUUUAUUUAAUGUAAUGAAGGCGUAUUCUUUAGUGGACCGUGAGGUUGGCUACUGCCAAGGAAGUGCUUUUAUUGUCGGAUUGCUCCUUAUGCAGAUGCCGGAAGAGGAAGCAUUUUGUGUGUUUGUUAAAUUAAUGCAAGAUUACCGACUUCGAGAACUCUUCAAACCAAGUAUGGCUGAGCUGGGCCUUUGCAUGUAUCAGUUUGAGUGCAUGAUCCAGGAGCAGCUGCCAGAACUUUAUGUGCAUUUCCAGGCACAGAGUUUUCAUACCUCAAUGUAUGCAUCAUCCUGGUUCUUAACUAUUUUUCUGACAUCUUUUCCACUACCAACUGCAACAAGAAUAUUUGAUAUAUUUAUGUCUGAAGGUUUAGAAAUUGUUUUUCGGGUUGGCUUAGCACUACUCCAGAUGAAUCAAGCAGACUUAAUGCAACUUGACAUGGAAGGAAUGUUACAGUACUUUCAGAAGGUUGUUCCACAUCAGUUUGACAGUGGGCCAGACAAGUUAAUCCAAGCAGCUUACCAGGUCAAAUACAACGCAAAAAAGAUGAAAAAGUUAGAAAAAGAAUAUACUACUAUAAAAACAAAGGAGAUGGAAGAACAAGUUGAAAUCAAGAGAUUACGGACAGAAAACAGGCUCUUAAAACAACGUAUUGAAACACUAGAAAAGGAAAGUGCUUCCUUGGCAGAUAGAUUGAUACAGGGACAAGUGACAAGGGCCCAGGAGGCUGAGGAAAACUACCUCAUAAAACGGGAGCUGGCCACUAUCAAACAACAGAGUGAUGAGACCGUUACUAAACUGGAGCAAGCUGAGAAUACCAUCAGGGAGCUCCAGCAGCAGCAACAAGGGCAUAAGUGCAGUUCCAGAUAUAGUGAAGAUUUCGUCUUACAGUUGGAAAAAGAGUUGGUCCAAGCAAGACUAAGUGAAGCAGAAUCUCAUUGUGCCUUGAAAGAGAUGCAAGAUAAAGUUCUUGAGAUGGAAAAGAGAAAUAGCUCUUUGCCUGAUGAGAAUAAUAUUGCUAGGCUUCAAGAAGAAUUGAUUGCAGUGAAACUAAGAGAAGCUGAAGCAUUGAUGGGUCUAAAGGAACUUAGGCAGCAAGUUAAAGAUUUAGAGGAACACUGGCAGCGCCAUCUAGUUCGUACUAGUGGAAGAUGGAAAGACCCACCUAAAAAGAACACUGUAAAUGAACUGCAGGAUGAACUAAUGACAGUCAGACUUCGGGAAGCGGAAACCCAAGCAGAGCUGAAGGAGGUUAAACAAAGGAUGAUGGAACUGGAGACACAGAACCAAAUAAAUAGCAAUCAUUUGCGGAGAGCAGAGCAAGAAAUCACCAAUCUGCAAAGCAAGGUCCAGCAUCUCUCUGUACAAAACAAAGGACUUCUGGGUCAGUUGACUGAAUCAAAGAGGAAGCAAGCAGAGAUUGAAUGCAAGAAUAAAGAAGAAGUGAUGGCUGUAAGACUCCGAGAAGCAGACAGCAUAGCAGUAGUGGCAGAACUGCAGCAACACAUUGCAGAACUAGAAAUCCAGAAAGAAGAAGGGAAAAUUCAGGGGCAGCUUAAUAAUUCUGACUCUAGUCAGUAUAUUAGAGAACUGAAAGAUCAGAUAGCAGAGCUGAAUCAUGAAAUCAAAUGUCUAAAAGGCAAGAAAGCCUUUUCAGGCCCACACACUUUUGAUGGGAUUCAUAUCGUGAACCACUUGAUAGGCGAUGAUGAGUCAUUGCAUUCAUCGGAUGAAGACUUGAUAUCAAAUCAUGUUCAGGAGGCAGGGGUCCAUUUUCACUUGCACAGAAGGACUGGUCAGGUGGAUUUGAAUCCAGCUGUGCUAGACAGUAGUGGCAGUGAUACUGAAAAUACUGAAGCAUCAGGCACUAUCAUUCAUAAGGAGAAGAACCAAAAGAGAGCCGAGUCUUAUUCUACUACAGUUUGAUCACUACGAAUGUUAUUGGCCUUCAUUCUCUUGCAGCUUACUUCAUGGUCAAGUAAAUUAGCAUUAAGCUGUGGAACUGACCAUCUCUUGCCUUUUAUCUUGACGUAUGAUGUGUAUGCUUCUUACUAUCUAUUUUUACUUUUGCCAAAUCUUUAUCCUCGGCUAUAUCAUUGCCAUAAGGUAGACUGGUAAGAGACUGGAAGGAUAAGACAACUUUAACAGUAUUAAUGACUAUUUCCUGUAGUGUUUCUUAGGUUAGGAAAUGUCCUCCACAAUUUCUUCCUACUCUGGAACUGUGCUGGCAGUUUGUGAACAAGGGGGAGAACGACUCUUCAGAAGAAGCUGUUCUUGUGCAAUAUUUUAAUGCUCUGUGAACGAGUGUGUUCUUUUUACAUAAACAGUUUGUGAACAAGAUGGAGGUACAUGGGAUGGGUUUAUCAGAUAUGACAUAUAUCUAUCUAGAGUGUCUUAUUUUUAAUUAAAAUAAUUCCUGUUAUUGGAGACUACCAAAGUUUCCAAUUUAAAGCCUUUACCUAUACUAUUUUAUACAAUAAUUGUCACAUUUGGUUCUAAAGGAUUUUUUUUUAAAAACACUUUUUGUCGACUUUUAUGUGCAUCUGCUUUUGAUGUGUUGCUAAAGAGGCUGGUCAAAGUAUGUUAACUACAAAUAAUGUCUAUUUUGUAUAUAUUUAUAUAUCUCUGCCCCUGCAUAAAAAUGUAUAUUGAAUUUUGUAUGGGAGUUGUGAAUACUGCAAUAUAAUCAGUUUUCAGGUUUUAAAAGGAAAAUGAAAUUCUGUGUAAACAAAUAAAUUUGGGAAGUAUUUAUGGGAGAGAUGUCAGAAUACUAAUUCUAAGUGCAAGAACUCUGCUUACCAAAUGACUCACAGAUUCAUGUCUUACUGACAUGUAUUCCAAAUGACACUAUUUACUGAAAUUUUAACUGUGUUUAUGUAACUGUAUAAUAAAUUUUUUCAUGAUUUAACAAAUGCUAAACAGCUAACUCUUUGACUGCUGGAAAAACUACUCUGUAAACUCCUAUAUGGCAUAUAAACUUUAGUAAUAAAUACAAAUGGAGAGUUGUCCACCAAA